AUGGUUAAAAAGACAAAUUCAAACGCGAAUAGUUAUAUAAAACAAUUUGAAAAGUUUUCUGAAAAAGAAGGAUUGGAAGCAGUUGCGUUUUCAAAUCGUUUGCUGGAAGAGUGUACAAAUAAGACAAAGCAACAUGACUAUAAUGCUAUGCAAGGGAAUGGUUCCCGUGUAAAUUCCGAUUACAAGAAUGAAACUAUGUUAGUAAAAACUUUGUGUCAGCACUUUCUGUCUGAAUUGGAAGCUACUGAAAGUGAAAUGGCUGCCAAUAUGGCCUGUAUACAAACCAAUUUACAGUCCAUCGACAGAGAGAACGGUAAAGAUUUGUUAAACGUGCUAGAACAGUUAUCAAAGGAGACGUCAACGGCCCAAAAAGUUUUAGAAUACAAUGGCCCUGAAACUCAAAAUCAACUAAUGCAAGGGCUGCUAAUGUGCAUGGAAUCCGAAUAA